AUGGCGUCGCUUAACCUUACCCAAGAUGAGUUCAGAGCUAUCGAACAGACCCGGCAACGGCUCUCGCAGAUAUCUAGUAGCAUCGCGAGUCUCAAGUCCGACGUCUUCCUCAGCAACCCGCUGCCCAACUUAGAGUCUCUUCAAACCCACACAGAAGUCAUCCAGAGCAUGAUACAAAGCUUGAUCAGCGUCACAUCACCCGCCGCCGAGACCUUCAGCCGCAUCGCCGUACAUCCCUCGACGAACUUCCCCGGCCGUACCCAGGAGAUGGUACUUCAGAGGCUGUUACGCAAAAAGCCGGAGCCGGACAUCGCGACGUCUAUGGACGAAGGGAGAAAUAUGGUCGCCGCCCUGACAUCCCAGCCGGCUUCUCAAGAUAUUACCACAGGAGCUAGUAGUCCCGGCGCUGCAAAGGGUCCGGAAGAAGAGUUGGAGAAGAUAUGGAACGCCGUGCGCGACUUCUGCGAGGAGCGGAUGCGAGACUACGUGUUAAACGAAGGCGACGACAUGUUUACGGAAGAGGAACGGGAGCGGGGUAUCGAGAACGUGCGAACGGGGCUCAGAAGGUCGCUCGAUGACGAAGAGGAGGAGGAAGACGAGGAUGAAGAAGGAGGAGGAGGGGCAAAUGAAGACCAGGAUGAUGAUGUUAUGAUCAUCGAUCGUCCACCUCCGCCUCCCGCACCUUCGGUUUCCACUCAAGAAGUCGAGGGUGCGGCGCUGGAAAACAUUAUGCGUUUCGCGGCAAGAGGAGAAAUUGUUACGCGGUAA